GGGGAGCCGCCGUGGGACCCGCGCGCGUCGCCGCUCCUCGCCUCGCGCGCCGCUGAGCCGCCCUGCGCGUGUGUGCGGCCGUGGGCGGGGGGGCUGCCGCGUGGGUUUAGCGAAGGCUGGGAGGGAACACAUGGGUUGGGUGUUUUUUUUCUUGGCCUGCAGCGGCUGUCCGUCCUGCCAGCCGCGGUUAUGGAUUCGCUCAUUAUCCAGGAGCGGUUAGUGGAGAGGCUGCUUUCUCCCCGGACGCAGGCACAGCGAAGCCACCCGGCCAAGCUGAAGGACCAUGAGAAGCAGUACGUGGGCUUUGCCACUCUGCCGAACCAGGUCCACCGGAAAUCUGUGAAGAAGGGUUUCGACUUCACGCUGAUGGUUGCAGGAGAGUCGGGUCUGGGCAAAUCCACGCUUGUGAAUAGCCUGUUCCUGACAGAUCUGUACAAAGACAGAAAGCUCCUCAAUGCAGAGGAGAGAAUCAACCAGACGGUGGAGAUUGUCAAGCACACGGUGGACAUUGAGGAAAAGGGUGUCAAGCUGAAGCUGACCAUAGUGGACACACCAGGCUUUGGAGAUGCUGUUAAUAACACUGAAUGCUGGAAGCCCAUCACUGACUACAUCGACCAGCAGUUUGAGCAGUAUUUCCGUGAUGAGAGUGGCCUGAACCGAAAGAACAUCCAGGACAACCGAGUGCAUUGCUGCCUCUACUUCAUCUCGCCCUUCGGGCAUGGGCUGAGGCCUGUGGAUGUUGAGUUCAUGAAGGCUCUGCAUGAGAAGGUUAACAUUGUACCCCUGAUUGCCAAAGCUGACUGCCUGAUCCCCUCAGAGAUCCGGAAGCUAAAAGAGAGGAUCCGGGAAGAGAUUGACAAAUUUGGCAUUAAAGUGUACCAGUUUCCUGAGUGUGACUCUGAUGAAGAUGAGGAGUUCAAGCAGCAAGAUAGAGAGUUGAAGGAGAGUGCUCCUUUUGCUGUCAUUGGCAGCAACACAGUGGUGGAGGCUAAAGGCCAGCGAGUCCGUGGACGGCUGUACCCAUGGGGCAUUGUGGAAGUGGAAAAUCAGGCACACUGCGACUUCGUGAAGCUGCGGAAUAUGCUGAUCCGAACACACAUGCAUGACCUGAAGGAUGUCACUUGUGAUGUCCACUAUGAGAACUACCGAGCUCAGUGCAUCCAGCAAAUGACCAGCAAACUGACUCAGGACAACAGGAUAGAAAGCCCGAUUCCUAUCCUGCCUCUCCCAACACCAGACACUGAGACGGAGAAACUGAUCAAGAUGAAGGAUGAGGAGCUGCGGCGGAUGCAAGAGAUGCUGCAGAAGAUGCAGCAGCAGAUGCAGGAUCAGUGAGAUGCAGGUACUUGGAGGGCAAAGGGAACCCCCAGCGACCAUCUGAGGCCUGCCAAGAGCUGUGGAUGUUUGAAAAGAGGUUUCCCAUUGAUUAGAGACUUGUGGGCAAGAGCUGCACUCGCAUCCUCUAAUUUAUUAGCAGCAGUGCUGGCUUUGCAGUCAGCUGGUUUGUGGAGAAGGCUGUUCACUUAACUGUUUACUGAUGUGUAUUUCUUUUUUUUUUAAUAAUUAUUCUCUGCUUUCUUUUUUUUUCCUCUUUUUAAAUUUUUUUUAAGGGAAAAUAGCCUAGAAAGUCUGUGAGGCAUCCUAAAAAAAAAAAAAAAAGAAAGAAAGAAAAAAAAGAAAUGUAUUUCCCUUUCCCAUGUACUAAUCUCUUGUUUGGGAAUGCUCUGGUAUUUAAAGUCCUGGUUUCUCUGGUGUAUGAACUUGAA